CGUCUGGGGAGCGCGAGCCGGCGGGUGGUGCGCGGCGCAUGGUGGCCGCUCCUCUCGGAGCGCAGCCGACCCGCUGACCCGGGCUCCGUUCCCCCUUGCCCGGCGCGCCCCGGCGGCCGGCUGGAGGCAGAAACAACAGCAGUACUAGCAGGAGCAGCCGCGGCUGCUUCGCCGCGGGAGCAUGGAGUGCGCCCUGGACGCCCAGAGCCUGAUCAGCAUCUCCCUGCGCAAGAUCCACAGCUCCCGGACCCAGCGCGGCGGCAUCAAGCUGCACAAGAACCUCCUGGUGUCCUACGUGCUCCGCAACGCGCGCCAGCUCUACCUGAGCGAGCGCUACGCCGAGCUCUACCGGCGCCAGCAGCCUCCGCUGCAGCCGCAGCCGCCCCUCCAUCAGCACCAGCCCCUCGCUUACGCGGCGGUAGCGGCGCCCGGCAUGCCGGCCAGCGCCGCCGACUUCGGCCCGCUCCAACUUGGCGGCGGCGGCGGGGACGCGGAGGCGCGCGAGCCGGCCGCCCGGCACCAGCUGCACCCGCUUCACCAGCUCCACCAGCUGCACCUCCAGCAGCAGCUGCACCAACCUCAGCAGCACCCGGCGCCCAGGGGCUGCGCGGCGGCGGUGGCGGUCGGGGCGCUCGCGGAGCUGCCCGGGUGCGCCGCGCUCCAGCCUCCGCACGGCGCGCCCCACCGCGGGCAGCCCCUGGAGCCGCUGCAGCCGGGUCCGCCGCCGCCCCCCGCGCCUGCCUCGCUCUGCCCGCGGGACCCUCGCGCCUCCGCCGCCUGCUCUGCGCCCUCCGCGCCCUCCGCGCCCCCAGGGGCCGCCCCUCCGGCCGCCGCCUCCCCGCCCAUCUCCCCGGCCCCCGCCUCCUCCUCUGGCUUCUACCGGGGCGCCUACCCGGCCCCCUCGGACUUCGGCGUGCACUGCAGCAGCCAGACCACCGUGCUGGACCUGGACACACACGUGGUGACCACGGUGGAAAACGGCUACUUGCACCAGGACUGCUGCGCCUCCGCCCACUGCCCCUGCUGUGGCCAGGGCGCUCCAGGACCAGGCCUGCCGUCCGCCGCCGCCGGGUGCAAGCGCAAGUAUUACCCUGGCCAGGAGGACGAGGAAGACGAGGAGGAGGACGCGGGCGACUUGGGGGCCGAACCCCCCGGGGGCACCCCGUUCGCCCCCUGCAAGCGCGCCCGCUUUGAGGACUUCUGCCCGGACUCGUCCCCGGACGCGUCCAACAUCUCAAACUUGAUCUCCAUCUUUGGCUCGGGCUUCUCGGGGCUGGUGAGCCGACAGCCGGACUCGGAGCAGGCGCCGCCGCUCAACGGGCAGCUGUGCGCCAAGCAGGCGCUCGCCAGCCUCGGCGCCUGGACUCGAGCCAUUGUCGCCUUCUAGGGACCCCCGAGGGCACGGGGACCCGGGGCCCCGCGGGGCUGGGGCCAGACAAAGACUCGGCCACGGGGCGAGAGGAGGGAGCGAGCGGGCGCCCAGCCUCCCCGGGCUGAGCUGGGGGCGAGCAGAGGGAGGCGGCCGAUGUUUUAUAAUUGUAAAAUAAAAAAAAGAAAUAUAAAAUCUUGGACUUUAUUUUUGCAGAGAGAAAAAGCGCCUAUUUAAGUAUGCUUUGUGUUUCUCCUACUCUUUUUUUGCCCCUCUUUUUAUUGUAGUGAUUGCAGUGGUGUUUAGCGAGGAGCCUGCCACGUGAGGGAGGGCUGCGGCCCGGAGGAGGUGCCGGGAGGCCGGGGGCGAGGCAGGGCGCGCGGGCCACCAGGGCGCACCAGGGGCGCAGCGCAGGAGGGCGCAGAGCAGGGGACGCAGAUUCCAAUCAGUUGUCAGACGCGGGAAGCCCGACGUUCCGCUCUCCCGAGUCCCUCUGUGGGGUGAGGAAUGAGUCUUGUGAAAUCCUCAGCAAAAAACAAAGGCAAACUCUAUCUCCAAAAGGGACGUUUGGGUCACAUUUCCUCUCUGGGGGCGGCCUCCGAAGUUCUCCAAAUGAGAAGGCAGAAAUGAAAACACUUCAACUUUUUUUUCUUUUCUUUUCUUCCCGGGGCGGGUGUUUUGAACCCCUCCUCUCCCCGCCCCUCUGGCCUGGUUCCCCUUCCCUCCUCCACCCAUCUCCCAGACUCGGGGUUGGCGUUCGACACCCCAAUACUCUCUGGACACUGUUUUGGGAAGGGGUGGGGGGCCAGCACGGAGGACUACAUUUCCCAUCAUGCCCAGCACUGCGGUCCUCACUAAACAAAAAAGGAAGUCCAUUCCUUCACCUGGAUCCCCGACGGCCCCGGGGGAGGGAGGGGCCAGGACCGCGACCGCCAACUGCGUCGGAGACUUCUCACUAAGUUCCUGGUCAGCUGUGAUGUUUGUGUGUUUCUGAGUUGCACUGUCUUGGCUCAGCCUUCGGUUGCAGUUCACGAAACCAGCAUUGUUCAAGCCUGUGAGAACCUCGUCCUGUGGUCUUCAACUCCGUAUAUUUGGUUUAAUUUAAAAGCCUUUUGUUGUAAAAAGGUGAGGUUCAUCUGCAGCCCCUCUAGCACCAUGCAGACUCCAAGACAAGUUGCCAAUCUUUCCCUUCCUCUGCCCUUCUCCCUCGUUCGCCUGUAUUUUGUACACAUUGGACUGUAUGUCACUGGGUAAAACUGUUCAGAUGAUUUGUUUAAAUUUAUAAUCUUAAUAAAAAGUCGAUUGUA